AUGGCAACGGUCAAGAUCGUCACCUUGCUCGUCCGCACCCUCGCCAAGCCCAUUGCGACGCAGCUCCGCACCCAGGCAGCCCAGCAUGACUCCUUUCGCAGGGUAUGCAUCGGAAUCGCCCAGAGGCUACACAGGGUCGAGAUGACACUACGGUGGGGAUUGGUGCCCAAGGCGCCUCAGAGGGAGAACCACAACGAUGGCAAAGGUGAUGGUGGAGAGGGUGGAGAAGGCGGGGAGAAGGGUGGUGGAGAAGCACAUCACCACGCCUCGACUAUAUCUCGGCCUAAAGUGCGGCCGCUGAACGAGGCAAAGGCCGUGGCUAACGGCGCCGUCUUCCUCUCUGAAGCGUUUCUCUUCAUCAUUGCUGCUGGUCUCAUCCUAGGGGAGAGCUUGAGAAGCAGCGCAAAGAGUAGACAACAGAGGAAUCGCACAGAGGAGAGGACAGAAGAGGUGGCUAGGGCCGUGGAGGCGCUAGGUCGUAGGCUCGGGGUGGAUACGGGCUUGGCAUUAGAGGAGCCAACGGAGCAGGAGGGAGCUAGUGGUGCAGUAGAGGAAGCAGGCUUAGAGACAGAGCCUCACACAAGAACAUCGGUGCGGUCUCGCGAAGAAGACGAGGCAGUGCGGCUUCGCAAAGCAGUAGACGUCCUUCUACGCAUGGCCAUCAAUGGCGGGCUAAUUCAGGGUCAGGACGCUCUGGACCUCAAUGGUAUCAUGCAAGGCAACGAUACGCCAUCGAAUCCACAGCCAGAAGGUCAGGCACAGGGCGAACCUGUCAAGCCUGGUCAGACGGCGGCGACGCCGAUCACUUCCUCGACGCCUCCUUCGCCGAUCCUGCAGCAGCUGGCUGCCCAUCGGGCGAAGCAGCUUGCGGAGCUGUCGAGGAUACAAGCUUCAUGAGAGGAUGCACAGACGGGCAAUUGCCUCCACGGACCGUCAUUAAGAGCGUCAGCAUAUCUCGCAGCAGGAGCAUCUCGUGUCACCUACACCCGCACCUUCCCUCACCACUUAUGCACAGUAGUCAUCCAGUCACUCAGACCCAUCAUGGCCUCAUUUCAGUCUCCUCAAUUCAUACCAGCAGCUCUAAGCAGGCAAAAGCAAUGCAAUCAUCACAGCUCUCCCAUCACUCUU